GAAGAGCUGAGCAGUGAAGAAUCGAAGACAGUUUAUUCACCGGUUAGUCGCUUGUGAUACAUCAACGGUGAAAGUUGUAUUCUAACGUUUGCUCUCUAGUGUACUCGUUAAUUUGUGAUAACAUUUUAAAAUCAUCUCGCCUAAGACUAACCGUUCCACUAAAUACAAAAAACAAUGGAAACCGCUACUGCUACUUCUGUCAAGGACUAUAAGAAAGUCGGCGUCGAUCUUAAGACACAACUAGAGAGUUUCAACACAGAAAAUCUCUCGAAAGCCGAUACUCAGGAAAAGAUUGUUCUUCCAACUGCCGAAGACGUCCAGACUGAGAAGAGCCAGAAAAGCCUCUUUGCCGGUAUUGAGUCGUUCGAUGCCACCAAGUUGAAGCAUGCUGAAACAUGUGAGAAAAACCCCCUGCCGGAUAAAGAAGCUAUUCAACAAGAAAAGGGUCAGAAAAAUUUCAUCAACUGCAUUGAAUCGUUCGACACUUCCAAGUUGAAACACACCGAAACACACGAGAAAAAUCCAUUGCCAACCAAAGAAACCAUUGAGGAGGAGAAAAAGGCUUAAUUAUUUCCAAAAACAUCCGCAAUCAACGAGACCAUUUCAUUUUACCACAUAGUAAUACUACUAAUUGUGCGUCCAUAACAGGACUUAAUCCUAUUGAUCAAACACUAUCAAAUAAUUUUAUAAAUAUUUAAAUAUCAACAACGGUAAUACACCAUGUUUGAAAAAAGCGCUGUCUGCAAUUCAGGACUCCUAUUCUUUUCAUAUUGAAGUAUUUUUAAAACCACGAAACCAGUAUACAGGUAUCAAUUCGAUUGAGAUCCUUUGCGCAUUUCAAAAAAUAGAUUAAGUUGUUUCAAUAAACAGGAUUCAGACAAUAGAAUACAAAUAAAUUGAUUUGCUGCAACCAACAAACGCAGUAUUAUUUCUUUCGUUUAUUUAUAAAUAUGUUCUUUAAAAAUAAUUACUUCACAUACAUAUGCAUUUGCAUGUUACCAAGGAAAAAAGUAAAAGCAUUGAUUCAAACUUCCGAAGCUUUAUUGCGUUGUUGUGCAAACAUUUAAAAUCGACAUAUAUGUAAACAUCUAAAACAUCGCUUCAGUAUCAGUAAAACUGACAAAAAAGAAACUAUUCAUGGAAACGAAUUCAAACGAAAAAGACUAAAUUUUAUGGAACGAAAUAUAGAAUUAGAUUUUUGAUACUAACUGACGAAUAAAAUGUAUAAACAAAAA